CCUUUUAGAAGACUUGAAGGUGGAGAGUUGAGUCUGUUUUUACUCCCUGGCAGCUGGUGGGCUUUCAAUAAGCGAUCACUGAAUGGAAAGAUCUCCCGGCUCUCCAUGACAACCGUGUGCAGUAGGUGUGGUCCGGAAAGGAAACAGAAGCACAGGAAAAGAACCCAGCUAGAAGGGUUGAAGCUGGCUCCACAAGGGACACGGUGACAUGAGAGGCACGCCACUGACCCAUCUUCUGACCAUCUCCUUCCUCUGCCUACUCUCAAUGGUGAGUGCCCAGCUGUGUCCGACGUCCUGCACCUGUCCCUGGACACCACCCCAGUGCCCGCUGGGGGUGCCCCUGGUGCUGGAUGGCUGUGGCUGCUGCCGAGUGUGCGCACGGCGGCUGGGGGAGUCCUGUGACCAUCUGCAUGUCUGCGACCCCAGCCAGGGCCUGGUUUGUCAGCCUGGGGCGGGCCCCGGUGGCCGCGAGGCCGCGUGCCUCUUGGAAGAGGAUGAUGGAAGCUGUGAGGUGAACGGCCACAGGUACCUGGAUGGGGAGACCUUUCAGCCCAAUUGCAGGGUCCUCUGCCGCUGUGACGCAGGCGGCUUCACCUGCCUGCCGCUGUGCAGUGAGGAUGUGCGGCUGCCCAGCUGGGACUGUCCACGCCCCAGGAGAGUAGAGGUGCCUGGGAGGUGCUGUCCUGAGUGGGUGUGUGACCAGGGAGUGACGCCGAGGAUCCAGCGUGAUUACACAGCCCAAGGACACCAACUUUCCGGCCUUGUCACUCCCGCAUCAGCUGAUGUCCCCUGUCCAAAUUGGAGCACAGCCUGGGGCCCCUGCUCAACCACCUGUGGGCUGGGUAUAGCCACCCGGGUAUCCAACCAGAACCGAUUCUGCCAACUGGAGAUCCAGCGCCGCCUGUGUCUGCCCAGACCCUGCCUGGCAGGCAGGAGUCGAAGCUCAUGGAACAGUGCCUACUAGAGCCAACUGGGGACGGAGAUGAAGAGGCUGCCACUCUCAGCAGGUGUCCCUAGGACCAGGCCCUGGACUGAUGCUAGGUGUCCCUUUCUUGGCUGCAGUUAACUGUCCUGGUUGGGUUCGCUGUCCAGGGCAUUGAGGGAUGCCUGCUGUCUCUGAGGUAGGCGGAGCAUAUGACCAGCUCCGUUUCUCUAAUUCAGUCUGGGAUUCUGGGUCCUCCUGGCUAGUUCCAUAUCAAACAUGCACAUGGGACAGCUUUCUCUCCAAACUUCCCUGUACGAAAAGAACUUUUCAAGCUAAGCUGUGCUGGGCAAGCCUGGCCAUCAUGCUGGGGACAAUGGCGGUGACGGGGUAGAUUGCCUGAAACUCCCAAUUUCCUUCUUGAACUUCUGUGCACUUGUCCCCAAAGUCAACAUUAUGGGUGGACUUGUGAAUCUGGCUUCCCUGAGAAUACCCUGCCUGCCCGGGAAGAAUUCAGUGGCAGAAUUCUCUGUGAACAUGAAGAGAUGAAAUCAUGCUGUCCCGAGGAGCACCAGCAAGAUCCAUGGACUUCACUUUGUAUUUGUAAGAACACACAUUUCUUAAGCACUUGAAAAAUAGAGGUUCACAGCUCCACACUUCUAGUGUCCUGUGUUAUCGUGUCAAAACAAAACAAAACAAAAAAUGACCUAAAUAUAAAAGUUACAUCCUC